GAACUGUGCUGUUGCUUGUUGCACAAAAAGAGAUAUUUUAAGACCUAGGAGUGUUGCGUGUUCCGAGGGGCUUAUUAAGGCAGCGAUACAACGACAGGGUGUAAAAGGCAAACUUCAGUCAGUAGAGAGUGGGGACAAUUGGAUCAGAAACCAAAGGGAUUAAUGCCAGAGCAAAGAACGUUUACACGCUGGACGACGCCAACAGACCCGAGCUGAGUCAUUUAACAGCUUCUUACAUCUGAUCUAUCUACUACUUUGAGCCUCAAAGUGAAUUAUCUCUGACCAUUAUCAAAAGAAACUUGUGAAGGCGAUGUGUGAAGUACAGAAGGUGGCUCAGAGGAACCCAGGCAGCGUGUUCAUUUGUGGCUGAUCCCUGCCCUUAUCAGCCGAUUCCCUCCAAGAAAGCCCAAAUCGAUCAACAACGUCGAAAGUUGCUUACUUCAAGAGGAAAUAUGCGGAAGAGGAGGAUGUACAAAGAGACAUUCAUGGCUAUUUUCAGAGACACCUGAUACUGCCAGAGGACCGCAGCUGCAUCCUCAAACUCUCCAUGGAGAAGCUGAGGUUCCUGGAGGACCCAGAGACCUACUUACGGCGCUCCGUGCUCAUCAACAACCUGCUGCGGAAGAUCCACCAUGAGGAGGAGGAGAUGGAGGAAGGGCAGGGAGCUUGCGGCAGAGUGCCCGGCCAGAGCCUGCUCUACUCGGACAGGAAGAGGCUGAAGUUGGUGGUGGCAGACUGCUGCUCCCAGGCCUUUGGGUACGAAGAGAUACAGCACUACCAUGUCGUACCCUACAGCUCCACCAGCUACCUUUACAGACUGGGCGGCUACCCCAGUGCCAUGCCUGAGCACAGCACUAAAGUCCUGGUCUAUAACCUGGAUGAUAACGGGUGAGCGGGUUUCUUGCUACCUACGCAUGGAAAGAAACAGAUACUCACCCACACACCUGCACACAUUCAAACAACAUUUGGUCACAGCCUGAGAUUGCUGCAGCGUGGGCUGCUUCAUUGAGUGCCUGUGCAGGCAGCCUCUUAGCGUUCCGAAACGGUUGUUCUUAUUGGGCUUAAAAGACAUUUAUGCUAUGAAUGUACAGUAACAAUCCAAAUCAUCAUCAGCUUGUUUUAAAAGGACACAUUGACAUUGAAGAUUCACUGCCAUGGAAUAUCAGAAUAACAAAUAACUUUAUAACUAGACUGUUUUGCGGCUAGAACCGGUAUAAUUUUCAGGGAUAAUUUUUUCAGUGUGGUUAUUCAAACCAUUGCUAUAUCAUUAAUGUACUUGUUUGAGAACAACGGAUACGUCUGAAUUAUCAUAGCUAUAAAUCACAAUUGUGAUGGUUCUGAGUGAAGUUUCGUAGUGUACAAUCUCAUGCUUUCUGCGUUUCACAUUGUGAAAAGCCAUAUUUGUGUUAAGACAGAAUAAAUAAUGUUUCAGAAAAAUCUUCUAUUACAAAUACUUUGGAAAUAUGACAGAAAAUCGUAUAUAGUAAAUGCUUGUGAACUAUGGGAGAGAAGACACUAAGUCAAAUGAUAACAACAUUCAUAGGAACAGGUUUCAGAAGUGUAAAUUGUUGCAUUGCAGCAAUCAGUUUCAUUGUGGUUUAGUUUUUUGAACAGAGGCACAGAAUGUAUAUAUCGUAGACCCAAGGAGACAACACAGCAGUACAAAGCGAGCACAAAUUCAGUAUAAUAAUUUUUUCUUGUCGAUGUUUGUACUGUGAAACUGAAGAGGAAUUAAUUUGGAAAUGUAACAGUGGUAGAGGCACAUGGAGCCACGCACUUACUAAUUGCAUUGUGCUGCCCUCUACUGACGACAGUUUUACAGGUGAGUCUGAAUUUUCAUUGCAGAUUUGCACUACAGGAAUAGCCGGUAAAUCUAUUCUUUUCUUGCUAUACAAAUGGCACGGGGUCAUUUCGGAGGUUAUAUCUGUCAUGUUGUCAUUCUUUCCCUCUGACUACUGUGUGUCACAAUCCCUAAACUUUUCUGUCUUCUGGAUUCAUGUAAUCUUUUGUUCUGUACAGCUAUACUAUUUACAUAUUGAAAAGCCACACUCUUCAGUACUACUGACUUCAUAGUGAAACCUCAAAGCGUGUUCCCUGUGAUUACUUUUUUGUUAGUUGUAAAAAUUGAUAAGCAUCGUUUUUUAGGCUGUGCACGUGAGGUGACAGGCCUUGAGAUUGACAAGCACAUCUUGACGUUGUGUGUUUAUUCCCUUACAGAGUCAAACCAAAGACUUUAAAAUAGGUAUUUGCUGACUCUUUGCCUGUAAAGAUGCAACGAUUUAAAGGAGAAUAAAACUCCAACCCACAGUUUUCUGGGUCAUAGUGAAUACAGAUAGGUGGGCCUCCCAGCCACAGGCUGCAGGUACAGGCCACUGCACCCACAGGGGAAUGCUUCUUAGGGAAAGCUGCUAUGGUGUUGCUGUGAUGGAAUUCUCAUUUCUGCACUUUUUGAAGCCAGAGCAGAUCUAAGAUCUCUGGUCCAAGUCUCUGAGUUCUCUGUUUUUUAUUUCAUUUAUAUAUGCUCUGUACUAUGUCGUUUGUUGGAAGAUUUCUUGUUCCUGCCAAAAUCAAGUUUGAUAUAAGUUUGUGGAUUGUUUGAAAAAUUUUUGAGAGAUGGAUACCAUAAUGUAUGAUUGUUUAGGAUUAUAUGGUGAUAAAUUACAUUGAUUUAAUUUAAAUUACAACUACGUGGAAUAAAAAUAAAACAAUAAUGCCAUAUUUGAA